AUGGCACUUCCUGAAAAAAAGAUUAGUGUAGGGAUAGAUCUCGGGACAACGUACUGUUCAAUCGGAUAUUUUGAUGAAAUCACAAACAGUCCUGUUGUUGUCUCGGUUAACAAUUUGUGUUCUGUUCCAUCAUGGGUGAACUAUUCGCAAAUAGACAAAGGAAAUCUAUUAGUAGGUAUAUCUGCAAAGGAUGAUACAAACGAGAACAUGGCAAUAUUUGAUGUAAAACGAUUAAUUGGGCGUCCUGUAUCAGAUGUCAUCAAAGAUACGACGAAGAUCUUCCCGUUUACAAUAGUCGACUACCCCGGGACAAAUAGUUGUGGUAUUCAAAUCACUGAUCCCAGGACAGACAAACCAAAAACGUUUUUACCUGAACAAAUAUCAGCGUUAGUAUUGAAAUAUUUGUAUUCAAUUGUACAAGACAAUUUGGUCACUAAAGAAAUAGAGCGUGUUGUUAUUGGAACACCUUCGGACUUUGGUCCUCACCAGAUCCAAGCAACAAAAAACGCUGCGACACUUGCAGGCAUAGAAGUGCCGGUUUUCACAUUACAAGAACCGAGUUGUGCUGUUUUAGAGUAUUUACGUGAGGCCAAAAUACAGGAUUUGGAUAAUAAAGUGUUUGCCGUCGUUGACUUUGGUGGAGGAACUUUAGACGUUGCGUUCUGCCGAAUUAUAAACGGCAAAAUUGACGUUUUUAAUUGUGGAGGCGACCAGAACAUCGGUGGAAAUGAUUUCGAUUUGGUGAUGAUAGAAAUUCUCAAACAAAAAAUUGAGGAAAUAGCACAAGACGAGGGACUUGGCGUGUUCUUCGACAAAACAUCAUGUCAACUUACUACAAUUGGAAUGAUGAAGAAGGCGCGUCGUGUCAAAUUGCGGAAGUUAGCAGAGUCUGUGAAGAUCCAAUUAACAACAAAGAAAUGUGUUGAAAUAGAACUGGGCAAUUACUUCAAUGAAAUUAAGACGGAAGAUACUCUUAAUAUAGACCGGGACACGUUCUAUCAGAAUGAAAAGUUCAAAACUAUACUGGACAACGCCAUGGAAGUGAUCAAUAAAUUUGUGAAAAGUUCAGGGACAAAGCCCAAUCAAAUCGAAAAGGUUUUAUUAACGGGAGGGACAUGUUUAAUGCCCCCAGUCAGAGACGCAAUUAUAAAUAUUUUUGAUAAAAAUAACAGCAAGAACAAAGUCCUCUGCUUUGGCGGAAAUGGUAACUUUGACCCCCUCACUAUGGUAUGCAAAGGAGCAAGUUAUUACUCAUUCAUGCAAAAUGAUACCGUUAGUUUAGAAACUAAAAUCGAGUCAGCUCCUUAUUCGUUGGGGUUUGAGGUGUCUGAAUCGCUGAUCGAUGUGUUCCUUGCACAAGAUGAGAAAAUACCAAAAGAGUUUGUUAAAAAAUAUAUAGUCAACCCUCAAGUCAGUAAAUUCAAACUUUGCGUGUACAAAGGGCCUAAAGAAGUGCUUGUCUAUAGCACCGCUGCUGGUGUUAAAUUUGUCACAUCAAUGAGUGUAGAGAUACCUCCACAGCCAAAGCGACAAAAGAUCGUGGUGAAAGGGAUAGUCGACGAAGAGUGUUUGUUGCAUUUUGAAGUGAGUAUCGAAGGGUCACCAGAUAAACCGUUUGAGGUCCAACUAUCUAUGGUGAAGACCUCGGCAAUGAUUGAAAGGUUAAAAAAAGAUAUAUCAGAUUUCUUCUAUUCGUAA